CGAGUCUCCCGGCUGCAGGCGGAUGGAUGGGGCGUCUCCAGGCGGCGGCGGCAGCAGCGGAGGCGGCAGCAGCGGCGGUGGCUAUGGUGUGGUGGCUCGAUUCUCCCAGUGCCUGGCUGAGUUUCGGACGUGGUUAAGAACCAACUGGUUGAGGUUCAAUGCAGACAAGACGGAUGUGAUGCUGAAAAUGUGCAUCAGAUGUUUAUGUUUAAUUGGUUUACAGACUGUCUCUGGAUUCUUUUCCUGUCAAAUUACAAGCCAUCUGUUGAGUCUUCAAGUCCAGAAAUGGAGGAAAUGUUUGACUGCCCAUGAAAGUACAGGAGGCUCAGCAACAUCAGAGGACCAUGAGUUUGAUCCAUCAGCUGACAUGCUGGUUCAUGAUUUUGAUGAUGAGCGAACAUUAGAAGAAGAAGAGAUGAUGGAAGGAGAGACAAACUUCAGUUCUGAAAUAGAGGAUCUUGCAAGGGAAGGCGACAUGCCAAUCCACGAGCUUCUCAGCCUCUAUGGUUAUGACAGCACUGUUCGGUUACCUGAAGAAGAUGAGGAGGAAGAGGACGAGGAGGAGGAAGGUGAAGAUGAUGAAGACGCUGAUAAUGAUGACAACAGUGGCUGUAGUGGGGAAAAUAAAGAAGAGAAUAUAAAGGAUUCAUCAGGCCAGGAGGAUGAAACUCAGUCUUCCAAUGAUGAUCCCUCCCAGUCUGUCACUUCCCAAGAUGCUCAGGAAAUAAUUCGCCCGCGUCGAUGUAAAUAUUUUGAUACAAAUAGUGAAAUAGAAGAAGAAUCUGAAGAAGAUGAAGAUUAUAUUCCAUCAGAAGACUGGAAAAAGGAAAUCAUGGUGGGCUCCAUGUUUCAAGCUGAGAUUCCCGUUGGUGUUUGUAGAUACAAAGAAAAUGAAAAAGUAUAUGAAAAUGAUGAUCAGCUUCUGUGGGACCCAGAAUAUUUACCAGAAGAUAAAGUGAUUGUAUUUCUUAAGGAUGCAUCCAGAAGAACAGGUGAUGAGAAAGGUGUAGAAGCAAUUCCUGAAGGAUCUCACAUAAAAGACAACGAACAGGCUUUAUAUGAAUUGGUUAAAUGCAGUUUUGAUACAGAAGAAGCCUUGAGAAGAUUGAGAUUUAAUGUCAAAGCAGCUCGAGAGGAAUUAUCUGUGUGGACAGAGGAAGAGUGUAGAAAUUUUGAACAAGGGCUGAAGGCCUAUGGAAAAGAUUUUCAUCUGAUCCAGGCUAAUAAAGUCCGAACAAGAUCAGUUGGUGAAUGUGUAGCAUUCUAUUACAUGUGGAAAAAGUCUGAGCGUUAUGAUUUCUUUGCUCAGCAAACAAGAUUUGGGAAAAAGAAAUAUAAUCUUCAUCCUGGUGUAACGGAUUACAUGGAUCGUCUUUUGGAUGAGAGUGAAAGUGCUGCUUCAAGCCGAGCACCGUCCCCUCCCCCUACUGCAUCAAAUAGUAGUAACAGCCAGUCGGAGAAAGAAGAUGGCACUGUCAGCAAUAGUAAUCAAAAUGGUGUGUCGUCUAAUGGACCAGGUGAACUACUAAACAAAGAAGAAGUAAAAGUUGAAGGCUUACAUGUUAAUGGACCAACAGGUGGAAAUAAGAAAACACUUCAUACCGAUAUGGACACUAAUGGUUAUGAAGCAGAUAACCUGACCACUGACCCAAAACUUGCCCAUAUGACUGCAAGAAAUGAAAAUGAUUGUGAUGAAAAAAAUGAGAGACCUGCCAAAAGGCGACGGAUAAACAGCAAUGGGAAAGAAAGUCCGGGUUCGUCUGAAUUCUUCCAGGAGGCAGUCUCGCAUGGAAAGUUUGAGGAACAUGAAAACACAAAUGACUAAGUCCUAGGCCUGUGUUACUUUCUUUGCAGUAAAUUCUGGUGUGACUACAAUUUUCAGGGUUGGUGGGUGACCUUUAGAAAGCUGAUUCCUUGAAGUAGUUGGUUCAUCUUGAUGUUUGAAUUGAGUCCUCACGUUAAGAAAUGGGAUUCAUAGUUCCACCUUUUCCAAGUUCUUUUACUUCAAAUUGUUGAAGACCUCUUUAAGGAUAUAAAAACAUUGGUAAAUUUGAAUGACCCAAAGAUUUAUCUCUACCUUCUCAUUUGAGAUACUAAUCAUAAAUUUGACUAAAAGGUAAUUUUUCCUUAUUUUUAAGAGGAAGAAUAGUCGGGGAGGGGGGGGAAACAAGUUUGGGUUUCUGCUCAAUACCAAUUUCUUGAUUAUCUAGAAAUGUCUUUACAACAGAUAUUUUUCUCUCUUUACAAAUUGAACUAAGGAAACCCUCAUGAAUCCUGAAGGUUAUGCUAGCAUGAUUUUUAUAUGUAGAAGUUUAAAAAUAAACCAAGUCAGGUUUGUAUUUGUAAAAUUGUUGACAUCAAUGAUGUCUUUCCAUAUUCUUAUCUGGGCUUAAGAAAUACAUUCUGUAUUUUUCCAGAUUCUUUGUAGCCUUUGAAAGAUUUUUACAGUACAUAUGUCUUGACUGAGCUGUCUUUUCUUAAUACAAAAAGCUUGUAUAAUUUUCUUAACUUGUACAGUUGGUAAACUUUUAUGAGAGGAACUGAUAUUCUGAGUCUGUCAGCUUUCAUUUUAUUUUGCUAAGAUUUUUCUAAUGAAUUUUUAAGUGUGUGUAGUUAACCAAGUCAUGUUUCUUAUCCAGGUGGUAAAAGCAUUCAUAAAGAAUUAUAAACAUAUUUUUUUUUCAAACUUCUACUUACGGACAAAUAAUUUGGGGCCUCUGGAGUUCAGCAUGAUACUCAAGACUGCAAGCUUGUUUGCAUUUGCUAUAGUUUCCAAAAUUAUUUUUGAAGCAAAACAAAGAUUUACUGUCAGCUUAAAUACGUAAAUGUAUUGUGCUGAAUAGAAUCCUGUUCUGUUACUCUUGUGCACUAUAAGAUUUCCCAUUGUUUUCAUUAAGUCAACAGAAAGGAAAGGCCAGGUGAUUUUGAGAUAUUGUCACAUCUAUAAUAACUAUUGACAGGUAGCAAUAUUGAUUUUUAUGAGAAAAUAAUGGUUUUAAGAAUUUUCAGACCUUUCCAGUUACAAUCCAGUUUGUCAGAUUUGAUACUGUUUUUCCAAAAUGAAACAGAUCCAAAAUCACCCUUGUUCUGUGUGUUUUUUAAAAGGAUUAUCUGUGUGCACUAGCCUUGUAAGGAUGGGUGCCAUUUUAUUUUCAGUCUUAAAUUCUUCUUAUAAAAUGUAGUUUUAUACAGCUGAUAGACCAAUCUAUCUCCAAACUUUUUUUAUUAAAGGAUUAUUAGCUAUCUUUUUCUCACACAGACACAUCC